UUAAAGAAAAAAGUCAGUAUGAGAAACCACACAAUGAUUACAGAGUUCAUACUCUUGGGCAUAUCAGACAACUCAGAGCUUCAGGUUGUAAUUUUUGUCUUUUUAUUUAUAACUUAUUUGUUAAGUGUCACUUGAAACUUAACCGUCAUCAUCCUCACCUUGACAGACUGUCAUCUAAAGACUCCUAUGUAUUACUUCGUCCGGAAUUUCUCCUUCUUAGAAAUUACAUUCACCAGUGUUUCUAUCCCAAGAUUUUUGUGGGCAAUCAUUACUAAAAUCAAGACCAUUUCCUAUAACAAUUGUUUAGCUCAAUUAUUUUUCUUCAUCUCCAUGGGUGUGUCUGAAUUUUUUCUUCUAACUGCCAUGUCCUAUGAUCGCUAUGUUGCCAUCUGUAAGCCUCUCCAUUACACCACCAUCAUGAACAGGAAAAUCUGCGCCCUGCUCAUCUUUAGUUCAUGGCUAGGAGGUUUUCUUACUAUUUUCCCACCACUCAUGCUUAUCCUCCAGUUAGAUUUCUGUGCUUUCAGUGUGAUUGAUCACUUCUCUUGUGACUAUUUCCCCAUUUUACAAUUCUCACGCUCAGAUACAUGGCGUUUAGAGAUGAUUGGCUUUCACUUUGCUUUUGUUACUCUGCUGUUCACACUGGCGUUAGUGAUUCUGUCCUACAUGCGCAUCGUUAGUACUGUUUUGAGAAUCCCGUCUGCCAGUCAGAGGAAAAAGGCUUUCUCCACUUGCUCCUCUCACAUGAUUGACGUUUCCAUCUCCUAUGGAAGCUGUAUAUUCAUGUAUGUCAAGCCUUCAGCAAAAGAAAGAGCAUCAUUGACCAAAGGAGCAGCUUUUCUCAACACUUCAAUUGUCCCCAUGCUGAACCCUUUUAUUUACACCCUGAGGAACCAGCAAGUAAAACAAGCUUUCAAAAACUUGGUUCAUAAAGUAGCAUUUGAUAGAAACAAAUGA